AUGAGAUUUGCUUCUGGAGGCAUCCUAUGGCUCGUUAUUGUACACUUUGGUAUUAAAUGUGCAACUUCUGUGAUUCUUUAUCGACAAAUAGAGAAAAGUACUACGCCAACGGUCUCUUUUCCUAAUUUUUGCGGUGUUUUUCACGGUAUAUCCUCUCCAUUUAUAAAUGUGGGCUCAGUUUCACCGUUGCGUGUAGACGCGAGAAACGAGUUAAACUUUAAACACAUUACAUCAUUUAUCUCAUCAGUGCACAUUGCAAACAAAGUAAAGGAACUUUUGUUAGAACAUGGAUGCAUAAGAAAUGUGCUGGAUGUUAGAAGACAGUCUAGAUUGGAGUAUAACAGGGACUUGAUUAGCGAAACAUACGCUUCGGCUAUAGUGACUCAUAAUUCAUUUGACACCAAAAGACCCCUGGAGGUGCCAGAUUCUUGCUUUUAUAGGUUUGAUGGUGACCAUGAAGACGAGUUAUCACUUGGAGGUUCACAGUCUUUGGGAGCGCAUGAGACGCUCGCCUCCAUUCCUGUAGAUUUUUGCCACUCACUCAUAUCAUCCAUAUCGCACUUAUUCCAGAAUCUUGGACUUUUAAAGCUUGUAGCGCAUGAUAAUCCUCUUCUUUCCAAGUAUGUAUCACACAUUGAUAGUCUACUAAACUUAUCCUUUGGAACACAUUUAAACAAGGAAUCCUUUAAAUCAAUCUAUAAACCUCAUGAUAGUGCCAAGCUUCCUAGUGUACCAUCAGGAGAUGAUGGCUUUGAGGCGAGGUUGUUCGAUUUUCUAUCUUUAAAGAGGUUGCAAUUGUUAAGAUUAUUGAUCUUGUCUGACACAUUGACUUCAAUCGAUAGUUCGUUAUCUGCUACGUUGAACAUUUCUUACAUAAAAAUUAUGUCUGUUAAUGACAAUGAGAAAGAAAUGUUAUUACUCGGUCUUGCUUUGGUAGGUGAAUAUUUUAUUAAUCUUUUGGAUUUCACCUUAAGAUAUUUGCACGGAAAGGUACCAUACAGUUCCGCAGCCAAUGUGCAGGAUAAGAUAAAGAUUCUAUGGUUACACUAUUUGAUAAAUAGAGAUGUUUCUCAUCUGCCUACGGUGAUGCCAGAUGCCAGUGUAGAGCAGAUACAGCAGCACAUAAUAAGGUACAAAGUCUCUAGGCGAAAACUGGCUACGUUUGAUUUGUUCAAGUUGACGACGGAUCCGAUUUCAGUAAUCCAGGACCAUAUAGAACACAUUGCUCAAUAUCACUACAAACAGGAGGAUUCCUUUCCUAGGAAGUUUGGGUACGGUCCUUUGACUUCAGAUAGGAGAAUACAUAUAGAAGAGUUAUUGUGCAAAAUAGAAUCCGAAUUGCUAUCGUUUAAUGACAGUGAUAUGGAAAUUUCUCUGUUUACUCUUUCUAAGAAGGAUUACAACUUUGUUCUUAAUGGCAGCAAAGCAAUAGACGAUACCGUGAUGUGCUCAAAAAAUAAAGAUUUUUCCAUAAAGACAAUUUUAGACCUAUUUUUGAACCAUGUUUUGGAGGAAUCAUCUAGUGAAGAUUGUCAUGUGAGUUCGCAUGAGUUUUUUAUGGGCCUAAAUUCUUUUGUAACUCUAUCGCUACUAAAUCGAUUCGUUUCUACCCUAGUAUCUCAUGUCAUUAGAUUUGAACCAUUUAAACCAGAACAGAGUGAUACAAAUUCAAGCAAGUAUUUUCAUAGGAGCUACUUAUUUGAUGCUGCACCGGGGAUUGCUUGUAAGCUUAUUUCAUCCACUUUGGAAAAGGCCGCGGAUCUCUGCUAUGAUGAAACGAAUCAAUCUUUUAGGAAUUAUGCUUAUGUUGUACCACUUAUAGAUUUGUGUAACCACAGUUUUAAUACUGCAAAUUCUCAGAUCAGUGCAUCAUUCUCUGAUAAUCUACAUUCUACAGAAGAAAAGCUAACAUUUCAGUUAUCUACAACAAAGAACAUAGAGGCCAGGGAUGAGAUAAAAAUAAACUAUGGUAUCAAUGAUAAUAACAUCUUCUUACUUGACUACGGAUUCGUAUCCGGGGACAGAGAUAGCAAUGGCGUAAUCAUUGACAUUGAGCCAGCAUCUAUUAGGGAGGCUGCAUACUCUCAGGAUAUUGCCAAUUUAUUACCACUUGCAUAUCCAUCCGGUCUACCAAAGGAGAAAACAGACUUUUUGAAAGAUAUGAAUUUGAUCAAGAUUCCAAAAAUCAUAGACAUAAUGGAACUAUACAAGGACCCACAAUUCGAGGGUUUACCCAUAAAAAAAUAUUGUGAAUUUGCUAGCAAAUUUAUAGCUAGAGAAAAUGCCAAGAACGAUCCACGGCUGGACUACGAUAAUACAAUGCCAGAUUGUACUCUCUACAGACAACCUAUUCCUGAACCGGAUGAACAGCCUCAAAAUGAAGAUUUUACAAUACCAGAGUAUAUAAAAAUAAGUGGAGAUGGAGUUCCAGAUCCUAGACUCAUACUAUUGUUAAAGGUAUCAUUCUGUAGGAAUUUAAAGAGAUUAAACUGGAUCAAAGAGCAAACUAUCGAAUACCUGGCUACAUCCGUAAACUCUCCACUUGACGUAAAGACAUUUAAAGUUGCAGCUACUCUGUGCCGCAAUUAUAUAGGUGAACACUAUGGUAAAACUAUUAGUGAUGACUUGAAAUUAAUCAAUGAUAAAGAUGUUUGCAAACUUUCCCUAAAGUACAAGGAUAAGACAUUUCAGGAUAUAAGAUAUGGUACAUGUCUCACUGUUCCCAAUGCCAUUAUAAUUUCACAUUGUCUAAGACAGAAAAUUCCAGUAUAUAAGUGCGCAAAUUUCUACAACACAUUAUCAGAAUCCCGUAACUCCUUAAUGUGAUGGACAUUUCCAAAGCGUUCCAAAAGGAAUGAGGUAAAUUUCUUUUCGUCAAUGGUAUCAGUUGGAAGUGGUUCAAAGAGAACAAAAUUUGGGCAACUUUCAUUUUUGUUCAAAGCGUUUAAAGUUGUGGCUAUUGAAAGAGAAUAUCCAAGUAUAUAUUUGGUGUUGUAAGUUCUAUGAAUGCGAUCACCAUGUUCCACUACUCCAGUUGCGGUAAAGGGGUGUAUUAUGGCAUCUCCAUACGAUGACCCUUUUGGGUCAACAUAAUGCCCAGAUUCUGCGAGGUCAUUUUGAAUCUGAGAUAGUCCUGCAACAACAACUAGGGCAAUAUCAUCUAUUUGCAUGCUCAUGUCGUUUGCUGCACCAAUGUAUUUCCAUAGUAGUCCUUCUGAAUUAGGAGCGACACUGUUGGUUGGAAAAUGUUCCUUCUUUGCUACAUUUAGUGGUUCUUCAUCAAUAAAUCUAACCAAGAGUCUCUUUAGAUUUUCCUCUCGAGAUGAUGCUGAUUCAGAUUCCCUGGGAACAUCGCCCGUCCUUUCUUCUUUGCCUGCAGAAUGGUCUACAC